AUGCAGGGUCUGACGCCACCCGAACGGCCAGCAAGCCCGCCGCGUAGGCGCAGGGCUUGCAUCCCAUGCACGAAUGCCAAAGCGCGUUGUAAUUUCACCGACCUUGACGGCGGCCCCGAUGAUGCCGUUUGUGAAAGUCGUGUCGCAUCUUUGGAGGAUCGUUUAGACGCCUUGACGACAGCUAUCGAGGCGCAAAAUGCUCUCACCUCACGCAGUUUGGGCAUAGGCGGAUCGUCCAAUCCCAGCCUAAUACCAGGCCUGACUCACGCACAAAGCCCUGCUCAGGCGCAGAGCCCUGUAGUUCCCGCGACAUCGUCACCAGCGAGCUCUACCUCGGCGUCAAGGCUGUCGCCGGCAGCUCCGCGCCAGGGCUCGACCAGCUGGCCGUCGUCCAAACCGUCUGUCCAGCCGCCGCCUAUGGGCCUCUCCUGGCCACAGGCAGAAAGGAUUCUUGCCAUUUACCGCGAUAUCUGUCUAUACAACUUCCCAUUUGUGUGGAUUCCUGGCCACAUGACGGCGCAGGAGCUGUGUGAGUCCAAGCCCUGCCUAUUCCGGGCGGUAAUGCUCUCCUCAGCUCCCUUACCGGUGGCGAGAUUAAAAAAGAUGAAACGCAACGUCAUCGCGUACAUUAGCCAACGUAUGCUCGUUGAGGAGGAAAGAAGUCUAGACGUUUUGCAAGGGUUGCUAAUUGUCAUUGCUUGGGCGGAUUUACAGAGUCUAUACGACCAGCAGAUUACAAAUCUCACGUAUUUGGCAACAGGCUAUGCACAUAAUCUCGGAAUCACCAAGAUUCCACGUGAGUUGCUCAAGCAAAUCGGAAUGGACAAUGCUCCAGAUGAUGUGAGAGCGGCAAAAGAUAUCAACGUGCCCAAGGCGCCGUCGUCGGAUGAAAUGCGAGCAUUUCUUGGGGUGUACUACUUACUAUCAAUAAACUCGGGUCAGUUUGGCCGCAACACGACCAUGCGCAGCCAAUACGUCGACUUUUGUGCCGACGCCCUCGCCCAGGCCGGCGAGUACCCUUCCGACUUUCUCCUUCAGCAAGUCGUGCGCCUCAUGCAAAUCGAGGACCGCAUCUCGGAAUUCUUCGGCUCGGCCAACGACACGGCGCGCGGGCGGCCGCUCCUGUUUCUUGUCGACGAAAACGUCACGACGCUACGCGCCGAGCUCGACAGCAUCCUCGAGUCCCUCACCUACACGGAGCUGGCGAAGCGCCUCCCGCACUGCUCCCCGGACCAGAUCGACCAUUUUGCGCGCUAUUUUGACCUCACCCGGCAGUACCUCCUCGUCCGACUGUACGAGCCGGCCACCUACCUUGGCGACCUGCCCGAGAACAGCGUCGAGCCCGGUGGGCGGCACCAGUACCGUGCCACGGCCCUGCAAAACUGCCUCGUGGCCGCCAACGCCUUCUUCGAGACGGUUACCAACGUGCCUGCCACCAGCGCCCGCUUCCAGGCCCUCGCCGCCCCGGGUCAGACGGGCUUCGUCAUGGUCAUUUGCUCGCGGCUGCUCGUCGUCGACGCGCCCGACUGGGACGCUGCGGCCGCGCGGCGCAUCCUCGACUUCUCGGACUUUUUGGCCAAGAUUAUUGGCCGCCUCCAGGUGGCCGAGGAGCGGCGCAAGGUCAACGUGGAGCAUUUUGUGCGUGAGACGCGCGUGCUCGGCGUGACGCAGGAGGAAAUGGACGAGCCCGGCCGCUACGCGGGCACGUCGCAAAAGACGGCGUACAUUAAGGCGUGGUACGAGAACCGCCUGCGGCAGAUGGACGAGGCGGCAGCGGCGGGGGGUCAUGCCGCCGCGCCGCUCUCGUCGGAGCCCAUGUAUAUUGAGGAGAGGUUGCUGGGCCGUCCGUGGUACCGGCUCGCAGGCAGUGCCGGCCCGCGCUGGUUCGUGGGGCUCUUGGAGGGCUCGGCGUGGAAUUUUGAUGAUGUACAGAUGAGUAACCAAACCAAUUGA